AUGAUACUGGAAACCCUGGAUCUGAUGCAUGACAAAAUCACCCGUGUGGUGCCAGAAGUGAUGCCAGCUGCCACCGUACCCAUACUCCUCCUCAUGUGCUUUCUUUUCCUAAUAUGGAAUUAUGAAGAAACAUCGUCAAUACCAGGUCCCAGUUUCUGUAUGGGAAUUGGUCCUCUCAUUUCACAUGGGAGGUUCCUUUGGAUGGGAAUGGGCAAUGCCUGCAACUACUACAAUAAGCUGUAUGGAGAAUUUGUGCGAGUCUGGAUCAGCGGAGAGGAAACAUUCAUUAUUAGCAAAUCUUCCAGUGUCUUCCAUGUAAUGAAACAUGGGAAAUAUAUCUCUAGAUUUGGAAGCAAACUUGGAUUACAGUGUAUUGGCAUGCAUGAAAAUGGUAUUAUAUUUAAUAAUAAUCCAGCACUAUGGAAAGAAAUUCGACCUUUUUUCACUAAAGCUUUGUCUGGACCAGGACUCGUGAGUAUGAUAGCAAUUUGUGUUGAAUCAACGAAAGUCCAUCUGGACAGAUUGGAUGAUGUUACUGCUGGACUGGAAAACAUCAAUGUCCUGAAUUUUAUGAGACAGAUCACACUGGACACUUCUAACAAACUCUUUCUAGGGAUCCCUUUAGAUGAAAAUGCCCUGGUGCUUAAAAUUCAGAACUACUUUGAUGCUUGGCAAGCACUCUUAUUGAAACCUGACAUCUUCUUUAAGAUUUCGUGGCUGUACAAGAAAUACGAAAAGUCAGCAAAGGAUUUGAAAGAUGCAAUCGAAAUCUUAAUAGAACAGAAAAGACAGAGACUUUCCACUGCUGAAAAACUGAAAGAGCCCAUGGACUUUGCAUCACAACUGAUUUUUGCACAGAGCCGUGGAGAUAUGACUGGUGACAAUGUGAACCAGUGUGUGUUGGAGAUGAUGAUAGCUGCACCUGACACUCUGUCUGUGACUCUCUUCUUCAUGCUAGUACUGAUUGCAGAGCACCCUGAGGUGGAAGAGGAAAUGAUGAAGGAAAUCGAAGCUGUUAUAGGUGACAGAGACAUACAGAGCAGUGACAUGCCGAACUUAAAGGUUGUGGAGAAUUUUAUUUAUGAAAGUAUGAGAUACCAGCCAGUUGUGGAUCUGGUCAUGCGCAAGGCUUUACAAGACGAUGUAAUUGAUGGAUAUCUUGUGAAAAAGGGGACGAAUAUCAUUCUGAACAUCGGACGUAUGCAUAAGCUUGACUUCUUCCCAAAGCCUAAUGAGUUUUCUCUCAAAAAUUUUGAGAAGAAAGUCCCUUCUCGCUACUUUCAGCCCUUUGGAUUUGGCCCUCGUAGCUGCGUAGGAAAGUUUAUUGCCAUGGUAAUGAUGAAGGCAAUCCUGGUGACUUUUCUGCAACGGCAUAGAGUGCAGACAACAAAAGGAAGAGGCCUUAACAACAUCCAGAAAAUCAACGACUUAUCCAUGCACCCGAAGGAAAGACAGCCCUUACUGGAGAUGUUUUUCAUGCCAAGAAACACAGACAAGCAUCAGGAUGAUUAACAUCAGACCACUAAUGGUCUCAGAAAUCUAAGGUUUCUGCUGUUUUAAUCAAAUUCUGAGAAGUGUCCACCCCUCCUACAUGCAGUCAUGCAUAUUCUGACCUAAACAUUUUAUUGCUUCUAAUGCAUUGGUGCUCUAGGUGUUCACUUGUGCUGCUGCACAGUGGAAUCAGGCUCUGAGCGCUCUUCAAAACUGAUAAAUAAGUCCAGGUAUAUAGAAAAGCGCUGUCUUCAGUUGAUGAAAUGUUGCAUGCAGAAACUGACAUUACUUUUAAAAAAACCAUCCAAUUCAAGCCAAAUUCUAUUCUGCUUCUGAACACUGUGCAAGUCCUGAGUGCUACAUGCCUACAGCCCUAUGUGGUUGGGGUUUACUUUGAGGGGGUUUUGGUUUUUUUUGUCACAGCUGGUCCCCGCAGGAAGCACCAUCAGCUAUUAUUAUAAUAGCUCUAAAAACAUUGGUCGUCAAAAACAUGAAUAAAUACCGCUAAUGUUCAUUUAAAGUAUGAGAAACACCAUGAAAUGGAUGAACUGUAUCUAUCUAUAGCAAUGACUAAAUUCCUGGAAAGUAUUUAGGAUAUAGCCAGUUCACCAAUAUAAUGUUUACACAAUGAGAACUUUGAAACAAUUUUUUCUCUAAAGUGUUUUUCAUUCUGGUAUAUCAAACAGAUAAGAUAAAAAAAUUAUUAGGUUAGUUACAUUUUAUGGAUUAUAUUAUAUUCCAAAGGUAUCAAGAAAUAGCUUAGCAUUUGAGAUAACUGCAAGAGGUUUCUGUUCCCGAGUUCUAGUCACAGAAUCCCCAUCCGUGUCUUCACUACCUCACACCAUUA